UGCGAAUUACGGUAAUCACCUGGAUGACGUAAUUGCAUCAGCCGCAUCACGACGACAGAAGCAACCGGCACAGAGACGAGAGAGCGACAGACGCUGUCCCUUUAAGAAAAAACAUUUAACAAGAAAAAAAAAGAAAAGAGAAAAAAGAACGAAAGAAAAGAAAACGCAAAGAAAGCUCUUGGUUAAGGAUGAGAGGAAUGUCGUUGCCGGUGCAAAGUCUAGCUAGCUUGCAAAGUACUGUAAUCAGGUUUUGAUCUGGAAUGGUUGAAUUUGGGUCGAGAGGGAGCAUGAUAAAUAUGGUGGACGUUGUGGGGGAAAGCUAAGAGAAGCAUCUUACACACUGAGCCGAGCUCCUUCUCGCUUUUGAAGGCGCACAUUUCACACCGUGACACUGUCAGUGACUUAGCGGUUGUUUGUAUCAACGAGUUUAUACGGACGGGAGGCUGAAUGAAUGACAAAGCGAACGGACUGAACACAACACAGCAGGACACAGUCGAGCAGAAAUGCAUUGAAAGAAACCACAAGGAAAACUUUGAGAUUGUUUUGUUCACGCAUUUCAGAAUUUACAUUUUGUUUUAAAUAAUAAUAUACAAAGCGGGUUAGAAAGGAAACAGUAAAACACAAUCUACUUGCUGCAAGAGCGAAGACACGUUUUAAUAUGAAGCAGUGCUUUACAAAAACACAUUUUUAAAGGAAAUACAGAAGAAAAAACGCUAUGGAGGAAGAUCGUGGAUUUUUAAAAAUAUAUUUAAAUGUAAAAAAACUUGUGUGCCUGGUUUCAUGACGCGAAGGAUUCAAGAAACAGUAGCAGCAACUACACAAAAAUAACGCUACUUUUAAAACAUAACAGAAGACAUCUCAAACUGGGAUCGUUGCUGUUUGUAACUGGUGGCCGCCGCUGAUCUGAUCUGUAUAAUUACUGUUACUCAGAUGCAGUAGAGAGGAGACUAUGUGGGCACUGUCCUGAAAUGCCAAGGGAGGAGCUGCCAUUGCCAGAGGGUUGGGAAGAGGCUGUGGAUUUCGACGGGAAAGUUUAUUACAUAGACCACAAGAACAAAGCCACCAGCUGGAUCGACCCGAGAGACAGGAACACCAAGCCUCUAUCGUUUGCAGACUGCAUCGGAGAUGAAUUGCCAGUGGGCUGGGAAGAAGCCUAUGACCCACAAGUCGGGAGCUACUACGUGGACCACAAUACUCAGUGCACUCAGAUAGAGGACCCGCGGGUGCAAUGGCAGAGGGAGCAGGAGAGCAUGCUGAAGGACUACCUGGGCGUGGCUCAGGACUCCCUGGUGGCUCAGAAGCAGAUCUGCCAGGUGAAGGAGCAGAGGCUGCAGCUCGCCCAGCAGGAGUACAGGCAACUCAGCGAGGCAUGGAGGGACGAAUCAGCCUCCCGGACCAGCUUAAAUUCAGGAUCCUCCUCCAGCAGUAAGUACGACCCUGAGAUCCUCAAAGCUGAGAUUGUGACGGCAAAAAUCAGGGUUAAUAAGCUUAAGAGAGAUCUGUCCUGUAUGCGUCAGGAGCUCCAGUAUAAAGAGCAGGGCUAUGAAACACUGAAAGGGAUUGAUGAGAAGAUGUCCGGCGCUCCGUGUGGAUAUCGACUAGACGAAGCACAGGCCAUUCUGAACGAGGUGAAAACUAUCAACAAGGCUAUCCGUUCAGGGGAGAAAGAGAAGCACGAACUCAUGCAGACCCUUGCCAGGCUCAAGGAUGGAUUCCAGAUCGACUCUGGAUCUCAGUCAGACCUCUGGGCCAGCAGUACUUCCCUAGCCAAUUCCAAGCUGUCCAUUCCUGCACUCUGCUCGGAUGCGGGGUCACAGACUGACAUUGCAGGAGAUUUUGUAUCUGUCAAUAACAAUAAGCUGGCGGAGAAGGUCCGAGUAAGCCUGAAGUAUGAAGAUGCUAAGAGGAGGAUAGCUAACAUUGAGGUGCAGAUAGCAAAGCUGGACAGCGAGGCCUGGCCUGGCUUAAUGGACCCCGAGAGAGACCGGCUGAUCUUAAUAAACGAGAAAGAGGAGCUGCUGAAAGAGCUGCAGUACACCAAGCCUCGCCAGCGAGCUGCGUGUGACGCUGCGCGGCUCCAAACAGAGAGGAAGAGGCUGGAGAAGGACCUGCAGACAGCCAGGGCCAAUCAGAGUAAAGCACUGACGGAAAGAUUGAAGUUGCAUUCCCAGAGAAGUAAGUUAGUCAGAGAACUGGAAGAAACUGCGCGGCUCGCCUCCUCGCUCCACUCCCAGCUGAAAAGCCUCUCUGCCAGCACUCUGUCCUGUUCCUCGGGCAGCAGUCGGGGGUCUCUGAGCUCCAGCAGAGGUUCCCUCACCACCUCGAGCCAGGGCUCCUCUUCCUCGCUCAGCUUCACAGACCUGUACUUGGAGCAGCUGGAGCCGUCCGACUGUGACUACCAGUAUAAGCUGGACUUCAUGCUGCAGGAGGGGACCGCUGGCUUCCGGCCGUCCAGCUCCAUCACAACCAUCCACGAGAACGAGGUGAUCAAGACCCCCAACCUGGACCCUAGCUCCCAGGUUCAGGCUCUGCGUCUGUCUCCGAGGUCCUCCCUGUCCUCCCUGUCCCCCCCCUGCUCCCCGCUGGUGACGGACUCUCACUUCUUGUCUGGAGACGCCUUCCUCAGCCAGGACGGCGCUGGGCUCAGUCUGGAGGUACAGAGCAGGCUUCCGGAGCUCCGCUUGGAAAACCACGAGACCAGGGGAGGAUAUGCAGGACCUGUCCCCCCGGAUCAGUGCAGCGGCCAGGAGCCUGGGGUCAAACAGCAUGCCGUACCGAAAGAAGCCGGGGCCCAAGCGAAGAUUCUGGGGCCCGUGUUGAGAAAGGCAGGGGUUUCUUCAGCAGUGUCUGACCAAUCAGUGGCCGGAGACAGUGGAGUGUGCGAGCCGUCAGAGCCACGACCCAGUCAGCCGUCCGAUGUGUUUCACGGUGAAGAAGGAGGAUCUCAGGGCACUGCGCAGAUCCAGCUGGGAAUGCAGUACGACGCUAAAGAGAAGAGAUUCACACUGUUUCUAAUGCAGAUUCGCAGCGCCGCAGCGCUGGCAGUGCCACCAGAGGAGAAAGUGUAUGUCCGUGCCGCAGUGCUCCCCUGCUCCGAAACCACCAGCUGUCUCUUCCGAAGCAGGCCUCUGUUCCCCUGCGAGAGCCUGCAGUUCAGUGAGGUGUUCUGGGUCUCUGUGUCGCACAGCGCUCUGCGACAGAAGACUCUGCGAGUGGACGUCUGCUGCACGACUCCAUCUCAUCGGGAGGACUGCCUGGCUGGGGCUCAGAUUAGCCUUGCUGAAGUGAGCAGCCUUGGGGAGAGGUCUACAAGCUGGUACAACCUUCUCAACUACAAGGACGUGAAGGAGCUCAGGAAGCAGCACACAGACACGGAGGGAGAGGAUUCUGUCUCUGAUCUCCUGGAGGAAACUGCAGCAGAGCUGGAAGCUGUAGAGAAAAGGGCGGACGAUCCAGAAAACACACCGACUGCAGAGGAGGAGUGGCACAGGCAGCACUUAGAGGCUGAAUUCUGGGAGGACGGAGGCUGCAGUGACGAGGAGGAGGAGGAGGAAGAGGAGGGACGAGAGGAGGAGGAGGAGUCUGGCACAGAAACAGCUGGCAGGGAGGGAGAGCAGGAACUGGCUUCAGAAAAGGUGGAUAAAGAGACCAACACUGACAGCAUUGCAAAGCCUGCUUCGGUGGUGCGCCCCAAGGAGAGACGAGGCCCCAUUGCCCAGCAGAACCCCUUCAUUAGAGGAAGCACAAUCAUCCGCUCAAAAACAUUCUCUCCCGGGGCCCAGAGUCGAUACGUAUGCAGGAUAAACAGAAGCGACAGCGACAGCUCCACCCUGAAGGGUGCUUUUGUUCGAAACGCUUCUGAGCGACGCAGCGUCCGGGUGAAGAAGCCUCUGCUUGAAGCGAAGGCUCUGGAGGGCGGGCUGCUGCGCACAUCCCUGGAUUUGGAGCUGGACCUGCAGGCAUCUCGGACCAGGGAGAGCCGGCUCAGCCAGGAGGUCCUGGUGCUGCGGGAGCUGAAGGAGCAGCUGGAGCAGGCAAAGGCGCGGGGGCACACGGAGCUGCCCGAGUGGGUCAGCGAGGAUGAGAGGUUCAGACUGCUCCUCAGACAAGCAGAGAAACAGACUCCAGGAGAGCACUCGCAGGAGCAGCGAGUGGAGAGGAUGAUGAAGACGGCAGCUAAGGACGUGCACAGGAUACGAGGGCAGAGCCACAAGGGGGAUCUGGAGGUGCAGAGUUUCCGAGAGAAGAUGGCAUUUUUCACCCGAGCGAAGAUUAAUAUACCCGAUCUACCUGUGGAGGAUGUUUAAAACUCUUCAAGUAUUUCAAAGUUCAACUGCUGUAUUUCAUGGAUACCCAGACUGAUUUUAUUUGUGGUGGUUUUAUGAAGAAAAGAAAUAUAUGUACAUGAGAAAUCGAUGCUCACCCUUUGAAUGUACAGAUCUGUUAGAGUUUUAUUUGUCAUUUGUUAGGCUGUGUAGUUUUUGUAUAAAAUGCACAAAGAACAAAAACAGUUUGAACUACUUUUUGUCACUUGUACUAAUUAUUUUAUUGUGUGUUUUUAUGUUAUUUUAACAUUAUUGGUAGAGUUACACCCUUUCUUAUUUAACUGAGAACAAUUGAGAGGGGAGAGAAGUGAGCUGCAGCAUCGAUGUGCAUCUCAAUUGAGAGGGGAGAGAAGUGAGCUGCAGCAUCGAUGUGCAUCUCAAUUGAGAGGGGAGAGAAGUGAGCUGCAGCAUCGAUGUGCAUCUCAAUUGAGAGGGGAGAGAAGUGAGCUGCAGCAUCGAUGUGCAUCUCAAUUGAGAGGGGAGAGAAGUGAGCUGCAGCAUCGAUGUGCAUCUCAAUUGAGAGGGGAGAGAAGUGAGCUGCAGCAUCGAUGCGCAUCUCAAUUGAGAGAAGUGAGCUGCAGCUUCGAUGUGCAUCUCAAUUGAGAGGGGAGAGAAGUGAGCUGCAGCAUCGAUGUGCAUCUCAAGUCUUGUGAGAUUUCUUACAGGACAGUAUAAACUAUACAGCAAGUGUUCCAAUAGGGAGCAGCCAUUCUCAAUCCCUGACUGCUGGCAUGCACAGGACUCUGUGACGAUCACAGUGCUGCGUAGCACCACAGCACAUACGGAAUUGCCUUUACUGUCGAUAUUACAUGUAUGUAUGUAUAAAAGCUUUGUUUCAUUGGGAUCGAAAUAAGACUCCCAUUGCAUAGCAGUUUGAUCCACUCCUGGUUUAAUCCGACACGCCUGAGCUUGUUACCUGUACACUGUGUCUGAUUGUAUUAAAACCUGGAAUGGGUGAAACUGCUGUGCAAUAGGAGUCGCAUUGCCAUCCCUGACUGCAUUUAGUGAAACGCCAGGACAAGCUAUUAGGUAUUGAAUCACUCUAAAGGAAAUCCCCAGCGCCUAGCGUUUUGUUUCCUUCAGUACUGCACUGUAGAGCCGGGUCUCUCGUACUUGUUUUCAUUAGGUAGUUGUUUAGUGUUUUGGACACCAGCAUACCUCAGGUACUGUGAAGUAACAGACAUGCACUUUUUCAAUGUUAGUUUCCUCGUGUUGCUGUUCAUGUGUCGGUGGCUCCCCUUUACUGAUUCAUUUGGUUAAAUUCUCCAUGGAAAAGCUUUCCAAAGAAAAACCCUUACUGGUACCAGCAGAGUGUUUCUGAUGAUAGGAAGUAUGAUCUGUGUAUGUUCUUCACAUGUGUGUUUAGUUUUUGUGUCGAUCUUCAUUUUGAAGUUGUAGCACUCGAUUGAUUCCUUGUCAGUGUUUCAGUUUUGUAUUAUUUCCUACAGGCCACUGUUUUCUUUUCUAGCAAGCUAUGUGACUGGAAUGUAGUCAAAUAAUUUUUUUGUUUUUCCCCUGCAAUUUUUGAAGGACGAUGAUAUUUCAAUAAGAAAAUAGUCUGAGCACAAGUGCUGUAUCUGUCGGAUAAGGCUUUGUUUCAUUGCGUUCCAAACGAAUUGUUCAUUCUUAUUGUAGGCAAAGGAAUAGUGAGAAGCAAGUAGAACUGGGAGAUGGAACGGGAUCAAAGGCAUCGACUCAGGCUGUGCUACAGAGCUAAGGCAUGGGAACAGGGGAACAGGGGUUACUGUGAAACUUAAAUAAUGUGUGAAAGACUACUGAGUCUGCGAAUGCAGACGAGCCCGGCUCUUUUGCAUUGUGGUUAAGGCGCUUGCUCGCGGUGUGUGGGGUCGCCGGGUCACUCCCAGACUCCACCCUGUUAAUAUAUAUAUAUAUAUAUAUUAAGCUACGCUUUUGGAACAAUGAUGUAAUCCUCCUUGAUUUUGUGUUUUUGUUUAACACUGUAUUGAUGUACAUGAUAAUCCUUAUGUCAGCUGUUCCUCAAGCAUGUGAUUGCCUUGAGCUCCCAUUUGUAUUUGUUUUCACAUCAGUGUGUUUGCCUGGCUGUGCUGUGCUGAUAAGCUUCUCGUUCUUGAAACGAGUUCCCCUUGUAAACCAGGAUGCCCUUCCGAGUGCAAACAGAUUCAGCCGCAGGCUUCUCCCCUCCACACCUUUAUACUGGAGCUGAGCCAGACUCCCAGAGAGGGGGCGCUGUCCUGUCUUACUCUGCUUCAGCUCAGCUGUAAGGAGGACUGCAGCCACUAGAACGCUCCUAGGUAGACACUUAGAAUGCUCCUAAAUUGCUGCUAAGCAACCAGAGCAGCUUGGCAUGGCUCUUUUCCUUUAAUAGAUAUAUUUUCUAAUCUUUUUUUUAACACUGCUUCUGCUGUUUCCUCUGUGUUCUGUGUUUGCAUAAAGAAUAAGCCUCCCUUUGUUUCAUUUUCCAUCUCAUGACAUUAACAUUCUAUAUGCUUAAUAGCAAGGUUAACUCUCCCAUCCGCCUUCCUACUUGUCUCAGUGCUGGCUCUCCAGGCAGUACAGAUCCACGUGCAUGUGUGCUGUGUCUCAGUGCUGGCUCUCCAGGCAGUACAGAUCCACAUGCAUGUGUGCUGUGUCUCAGUGCUGGCUCUCCAGGCAGUACAGAUCCACAUGCAUGUGUGCUGUGUCUCAGUGCUGGCUCUCCAGGCAGUACAGAUCCACAUGCAUGUGUGCUGUGUCUCAGUGCUGGCUCUCCAGGCAGUACAGAUCCACAUGCAUGUGUGCUGUGUCUCAGUGCUCUCCAGGCAGUACAGAUCCACAUGCAUGUGUGCUGUGUCUCAGUGCUGGCUCUCCAGGCAGUACAGAUCCACGUGCAUGUGUGCUGUGUCUCAGUGCUGGCUCUCCAGGCAGUACAGAUCCACAUGCAUGUGUGCUGUGUCUCAGUGCUGGCUCUCCAGGCAGUACAGAUACACUCAUUCCAAGAGCUCUCAGAUCCAGGCUGGUUUUCUUGCACUUUUUGGAUUUUCGUGUCCUGAUUUUGUUUGGAUGAUUUGUAGAAGCUGUGAAUUUUAAUCAUGCCAGGUACGUUCACCAGUCCUGUAAAUAAUACUUCACCAGCAGCACAAACAAUGUUUUGUAUUUAAACAAAUAAAAAUCUAUCCAUUGUU